CCUUUCCGCUCGCGUUGGCACCUCCGCCUGCUCUCCGGCGAGCCCCCUGUUGCUCCGCGGCCACCAUGGUGCGCUUUUUCUCUUAGCAGCGCCGCCGCGGGCCCUACCGAGCCUGGUGAGACCGUGAGGCGGUGGUGCGCACCAGUCCGGCAGCUGCGUCGCCGGCAAACUUCCGCUUCUCCUUCUAGGUCGUGCUGCUCUGAGGCUGCACAGACAGGUCAGAGACCAUGGCGUCUGCUGCUUACGGUGUCGGGGCUCCUCUCAAGCUCGCCGCAAGGCAUCAUGGGGUAUUUGCUCGUCACUGCGCUGGAUGGAAAUCUUCAGUGUCUUGGCCUGUUUCUCAGGCGUGGAUGGGCACUUGCUCUUCUGUUGCGAUGCGAAAGGUCGCCUCUGGUUCUCCAUUGAUCGUUCAGGCUUCAAAGAAUGGUGACUCAAGCUUGAAGUCAUCGUUGGCUGAUGCUAACCUGCUUGCUGAACAGAGGAUAACUGUUUUGGUCAUUGGAGGUGGAGGAAGGGAGCACGCUCUCUGUUAUGCCUUGAAUCGUUCUCCAUCCUGUGAUGCAGUCCUAUGCGCCCCUGGGAACAUAGGUAUUGCUCAGUCUGGGGAUGCGACCUGUAUAUCGGACUUAGACAUCUCCGAUAGUGAUGCCGUUAUUGCGUUCUGCCUCAAGAGGGGAGUAGGAAUGGUUGUAGUAGGUCCUGAAGCUCCUCUUGUUGCCGGUCUUGUGAAUGACCUCGUGAAAGCUAAGAUACCAGCAUUUGGUCCUUCCUCGGAAGCUGCAGCUUUAGAAGGAUCAAAAGACUUUAUGAAGAAAUUAUGUGAUAAGUAUAAUAUUCCGACAGCUAAGUAUCGCACAUUCACAGAUCCUACAGAAGCUAAACAAUAUGUCAAGGAUCAAGGGGCCCCUAUUGUUGUUAAAGCUGAUGGAUUGGCAGCUGGAAAAGGUGUGGUUGUUGCUAUGACUUUGGAUGAGGCAUUUGAAGCCAUAGACUGUAUGUUGGUUCAAGGGUCAUUUGGUUCUGCUGGUUCACGGGUUAUUAUUGAAGAAUAUUUGGAGGGUGAAGAAGCCUCUUUCUUUGCGUUAGUGGAUGGCGAAAAUGCGUUGCCACUUGAAUCAGCACAAGAUCACAAAAGAGUUGGUGAUGGUGAUGUAGGCCCAAAUACUGGUGGUAUGGGUGCAUACUCCCCUGCACCAAUAGUGACAGAAGAGCUUAAGCACAUAAUUAUGGAGCGUAUAAUAAUCCCAACAGUUAAAGGUAUGGCAGCUGAAGGAUGCAAAUUUGUUGGUGUAUUAUAUGCUGGACUUAUGAUUGAGAAGAAAUCUGGUCUGCCUAAGCUUAUUGAGUACAAUGUACGGUUUGGUGACCCAGAAUGCCAGGUUCUUAUGAUGCGAUUAGAGUCUGAUUUGGCGCAGGUUCUGCUGUCUGCAUGCAGAGGUGAACUGGGCGAUGUUUCACUCACCUGGUCACCUGAAAUGGCAAUGGUGGUUGUGAUGGCAAGCCAAGGAUACCCUGGGUCUUACAAGAAGGGGACUGUGAUACGAAAUAUCGAGAAGGCUGAGCAGGUCUCGCCCGCUGUAAAAAUAUUCCAUGCUGGAACAGCACUGGAUGGGGAUGGAAAUCUUGUCGCUGUGGGAGGCCGGGUGCUUGGGAUCACAUCUAAAGGCAAAGACGUCGAAGAGGCAAGGACAAGAGCAUACGAUGCGGUAGAUGUUGUUGACUGGCCUGAAGGAUUCUUCAGACGUGACAUUGGUUGGAGAGCACUGAAACACAAGCAAGUGGCCAAUUUCUGAUGUGGAUUCCUCAGACACCUCAAAUGUGGUGAGCUUGUAAUGUCAAGAACAAUAAAGAGGAAAUUUGUGUUAACAUUCACCAGUGUGGUUGAGGAAGAACCAUAGCUGGUGAAAACCAGCACUAGCAGUGCUCAAAUUUGAGUAUUUCUUUUUAGGAGCACUGUAAAAGUUUUGAGCUGCUCUUAUAUUGAUCGAGUGAACGAUAACUGAAUUCCGAGCAUCUUUAUUGUCCUCAAUUUUAAGGUAAAAGGGAAUGGUCCCAACAAGUCGAGAGUCUGUGACCGAAUUAUUUUUCUCCACUCCCGUCGGUCAC